AUGCCCAGCUCGUCGCCGCUUCCCGCUCUCUCUGAGGCUCCGACGGCGCUUUCUCGGGGCUCUGUUGGAGACGCGGGAGUCGUCUCUGCUUCUCCCUCGGCAGCUGCUUCUGUCUCCUCUCCGGGCGACGACUCGAAGGAGUGCCCGGGCCCACAGCCUAGCUCAGGGGCCACCUGCUCAGACCCCAGCGCCGCUCCUUCCUCCGCGGAUCCCCCAUUCGCGCUCGAAGCGGCCGAGCCGCCUCCUCUCUCUCCUUCCACUUCCUCAACAACCGAGGCAGCUCCGAAGUUCGCGUCCACUGCCCAGCCACGAAGACGCAGUGCCUCAACACUCGUCAGCGGCGAAGACAACCCGACGCCCCGUUCCUCUUCUUCGCACACCGGAAAAGCGCUCAACAGUUCCUCUCUCUCUUCUCUCUCUUCUUCUCUCUCUUGUUCGUCUCUUGGAUCGCUGACUUCGAGUCUUCCAGGUGCCUCUGGAAGAACGGGCCCUGCGUCUUCGCCGUCUCUCGAUGAGAUCCGCGCGCGUCUGCGGUCGCACGCUCCGUCGCACCCGUACGCCUCCGCGGGCUCGUCUCGCGCGUCUUCUCAAAAUAUCCAAAGUUGUUCGUCUUUCCCUGCCCUCGCUUCUUUGGAGAAGCGACCGGGCGGCGGGUUCCAGGCAAGCGAGGCGCCGCGGGCCUCUCCGACCACGCCGACGCGCGGCGUCUUUUCGAAAGCGCGCAGCGGGACGGGUGCCGAGUUGCGGCUGUUUUCUGCGAGCUCGUGCUCCGCGUCGCAGCCUGCGCCGAACUCCGUGCUCGACUACCUGACGAGUCCGUCGUUCCGCCCGAUCUCUGCCUCCCAGGACGGCGGCGACACCAGCGCCUCGAGGCCCAGCUUCGCCUGCGCGCUGCCUUCUCUGCUGGCCUCGCAAACGCGAACCCAGGCGAGCGCCGAGGGAGUGUGCCCAGACGCCCAGGGUGGAGACGCCGAGCACCAGCGGAAGCAGAGACGCGGCGGUCUCAACGGUCCUCAGGGCUGCGGCGACCAAGAACCGAGAGACCAAGAGAGACACUCGGAGACAGGAGCCGCGCCGCUCGGCCCGGACAAGGCAGGCACAGGUAGAGAGACAGACUGGAGAGCCUGGGGACUCGACGGCUCCAGCUGGGGCGGCGUCCGACGCCUCUCCUUCCCCGCCGCCUUCAAGAGCGGAGAGCUCGAAGAGGAGAGAAAAGACUUCGCCGUCAUUGCGCAAGAACUCCUAGCGUAUCUCGAAGUGGUGGAGACGUUCAGGCAGCGCGCCGUGGAGGAGUCGAGUCGCCUGCGACAGUACAGCGGCGAGUUGGGCGCGAUGCUGCAGCAGGCGAAUCAGCGCGAAGAGCAGAGCCACCGCGAACUCGCGCGUCAGCACAAGGUCUUGACUUCCUGCCAGGCGCGGGUUCAGGCGCUGCGUGCCGACUCCGAGACGGCCAUCAACGACCUCACCGUGCAGAGAGACACUCUCGCCGAGCGUCUUCGCGUGACGUCUGUGGAACUCGAGCAUGCACUGAAGGAGAACGAGCGCAUCAGACUCGAGCGCGAGGCCCAGGAAAUUUCCGUCCGGGAUGUGGAGGCGCUGCGCCUGGAGUGCUCAAAGAGCAAAAGCGAACGCAACUCGCUUCUAGCCGAAGUGCACCAUCUCCAGAACCAGCUGGGGAACAUCGAAGAAACCGUUUCGCGCAACUACCCUUUUCUGCCUUCUUUGGAAGCCGCGUUCUCGCGCCGCCCUUCUCUGGCGCAUCUGUCGCAAACCGAGGACGCCCACUCUACUGCAUGCGCUUCCAGCGCAGCCCCAGAGGCUAGCCGGCCUCGAGAGACGGCUGCAUGCGCGGAGAGAGACGCCUCCCAGGGCGGGCAGACUUACGCGACUGGGCGUGGCGAGCCUCGCGGGCGAGAGACACGCGAGGCGAGGGAAGCCGAAGAACCUUUGGAGGCGGACGACGAAGUCGAGAACCUGCUCCGAGAUCUCCUGGCGCGCGCGCAUGCGGCCUCCGAAAACGGACAAGAACCAGGAGAGGCACAGCGCAACUCAGAAAAACUCUUGUAUCUCGUCCGAAAAUUGCGCUCGGAGCGAAACGAGUACUACGGGUACGCAGUCGAACUGCUGAAUAGGUUAGAUGCAGAGAAAGGGGAUCGCGGCGCCUCUGCGCCUCCCACGGCCUCCGUCUCGCUGGACGAACAGGUCGGAGACGCACAGGUGGACUCGUGA